AUGAAGACUCUGAUUCCUCCACACUUCGUCCUCGAGGAGGUCUCCCGCUACGAUAUCAUCAUCGCCUCACUCGCCCUCGGCUUCACCAUUGGCUUUGGCUGGCUGACGACGUGGACGGCCGCGAAGCAGACGAAACAUGUGUGGCGCCGUCACGGUAUGCGCGUCUGGCGCAAUGCCUAUGUGUGGAUGAUCUGGCUCGAGAUUGCCGUCUGCCUCGUCUUUGCCAUUAUCUGUUUCCUGUAUCUGCUGCACGUUAUACCCCCUAGGUACGUUGCGUCCAAUCUCGGUCCUGUUUUGGUUUGUCCAUUUUCGUUCUUUGCAUUUUACUUUACCAUCUUGACCAUGUGGGCGCUCCAGGUGCAGUUCCUGCUCCAGAUCAUCGUCAACCGAUGCGCCAUCCUCAUGACGGACCCCAACAGGGCCUUGCGCCUGAAAUGGGGCAUCGCCGCCCUCAUCACCCUCGUCAACAUAUCCGUCUACUGCAUCUGGAUCCCCGCGCGCCUGCAAAUCUCGGAGCGCUACGUCCACAUCAACGAGUGGUGGGACCGCUGCGAGAAGGGCAUCUACCUCAUCGUCGACACCAUGCUCAACUUUUACUUUAUCCACAUUGUCAAGAAGAACCUCAUCAUGCACGGCCUCACCAAGUACCGCUCCCUCGUCCGCUUCAACAUGUUCAUCGUCGGCUUCUCCCUGAGCAUGGACGUCUUUAUCAUUGGCAUGAUGAGCCUUGGCAACUCGUUUGUGUACAUGGUACGUGCUGUUGGUGCUGCUGCUGCUGCUACUCCGGCGGUAGCAUCGAGUCACUCGCUGUCUUCGAAGGCUAACUCGUUCCCCUUCUAG